AUGAAAGGCAUGAGGGCGUCUGACCGUCCGAAGAGAAGGAGCCCAAGUCACCGAGCAGAGAUGCUGAAGAGCGGAGUGGAAGCUGCAGCCCAGAGCCCGCUGCGCUCCCACAGCUUGUGUUUCAGCCCGUGGUCGCGAUCGUGUGUUUGUGCGAAGGGUUGGUCGACCGCCGCGUGGAACGGCUUCCAUGACCCGCUGAUGUCCGCCACCUCCGGGCUCUCCACCCCUGAACCCUGGCUCCUCCCCGGCUGCAGCUCCGUCUAUGACAGCCUGGUCAGUAACCUCUCUCCCGUCCCGUCUCCUCUGGCUGUUCGAGGACGAGAGCGAGCUGCCAGCAGCAAACCUCGCAGGCCAUCAAUCCUGGAGCGUUGUAUCCUCAAAGUGUCGACCACCAGCAUUGGUGUGGGGACAGACGAAGUGGACAAAAGACCCAGUUCCGGUCGUGGUGGCUACUCCUGCCUGCCAGAUUCACCCAACACCGAGACCAACGCUGCGGUUCUGAAGCGACGGCAGAAGCAGAUUCAGUACGGCAAGAACACCAGCGGCUACCAGAACUACCUCCAGCAAAUACCCAAACACCUGAGGGAUCCAAAGCUCCACCCGUCCACUCCCAAUAAAUACAGGAAGUACAGUCGCCGCUCCUGGGAUAUGCAGGUGCGUCUGUGGAGGCGAGCGCUGCACAUGUGGGAUCCUCCGACCUGCGCCCAGCCGGACGCCACCAACACUCCAGACCCUGUCGAGCACUUGCAGAGCCAGCUGGCGAAGAUGACCUCUGACCUGUGUGAGGACAGAGGAGAUGAGCAGAGAGAGAAGGAGCCCGUCGUGGCCUCGGAAGCCUCCUCCGUGUCUCCUCUGGAGCUGCCCGGCGCCUGGAGCGUCCCACUGGCCCCGCUGGACACCUGCCGUCGGCCUCCCCGGGCUCCGCCCGGCCUCUGCACCUCCCCCAUGACAAGCCAGCUGACUGACAAGACCGACUGGCUCCGCCUCCUGCUGGAGACGGACUACCACCACGAUUUGGGUGCAGGCGACCAGCAGGUCCCCGUCUUUGCCGACCAGCUCCUGUGGAAUCCGUACUGACGUGACGUGACCCCGACGCUUCCUGCGGGUCUUGAACAUGUCGCGGUUACUCCUGGUGUGCGGUUUCCAGCAUCCAGCACACUUUUUAAGGUCACUCCAGGUUUCUAUCAUGA